UACCCUUUCAUACACAUAGAAGGCUACAACUCUCUUAUUGACCAACAAAGCUACAACUUUCUCAUUGACUUUGAGUUUGACUUUGAGUCUCGCUUCGGUGAGGCUUUAGCAACAGCUCCGCUUGUACUUCUGAUCUUCUUAGUACACUUGGUUAAUAUGGACAGUUCUGAAGCACGUCUCGAUAGAAUUGAAUCACAGUGGUCAACAGAUACUUACGAGAAGCACUGGAUACAAAGAUACAAUCCCAUAAGUAUGAUAAUGAGGGGAAUCUGUUACGUUUGCAUACUCUGUUGUUCACUAGUAUGUUCCGAAGCAGGAGAAGACACUGAAUCUGUGCCAGAAUUCCUUACCGGCAUCAUAUUUUCAGAUCUUUUCUACCCUCCAAAUGAAUAUGUACAGAUGAAUCCGGAGAUCUUUACUGCAGUAAGUGCAGGGAAGAAAGAUUGCCUGGCGACGUUAAAUAUCAGCGGUUCGCAAAUAGCACAUCUCAAGGACGAUCAAGGAAAUUCUGUUCUUCACCUAGCUGCGACUUGGGGUAAUCUUGAACUAGUGCAAGCCUUUGUCUCUGAAUGCCCAUCUCUUCUACUAAGGCCAAACUCAAAGGACCAGCUUCCGCUUCAUGUCGCUGCUCAUGCUGGCCAAUUAGCUGUUGUUAAGGCUCUUAAUGAAACAAUAUCAUUUGUCACAGAUAAACUGUCUGCUGAAGAUGAGAAGGAGAGACUAAAAUUACAUGUUGUCAAGGAUAAAGAAGGAAAUACACCUCUGCACUUAGCCUUAAAAGGCGGCCAUGUUAAAACAGCUGCUUGUCUAGUGAAAGCAAACGGACGGGCUUCAUUUCUUGCGGAUAAAGAUGGAAUAUCUCCUUUGUAUAUGGCUGUGAGAAUUGGUAAUUUAUUCCUUGUCAACAAAAUGCUGAAUUGUACAAACGAAAAUGGAAAAUUUUCGGAGUUGGAAGGAAAAAAAUUUCUUGCACACGCAGCUUUGAAGGCCAGGAAUACAGAUAUCCUUGAUGUCAUUCUUAAAGAGGAUUCGAGUCUUGAGGACGAGCUUGAUGGAGAAGGAAGGUCAUGUCUUUCAGUUGGAGCAUUUAUAGGGUUCAAUAGAGGAGUGUGCUACCUGUUAAGCCGCUCAACAAAGAAUGUUUACGUCUGCAAUAACGAUGGAUCCUUUCCGAUCCACAUUGCUAUGAAGAGGCGACAAAUCUACCUUGUCUCUGCGAUUCUCGAACGUUGUCCAGAUUCAAAAUAUCUGCUUAACAGAAAAGGUCAGAACAUUCUUCACAUUGCGGCAAAUAGUGGAAAAAAUGGAUUUAUCCUUUUUAUCUAUCUUUUGGGAGCUGCUGCUCGUUCUAUAUUUCUCCGGGAUGGUGGGUUUAGUCGGUUGAUGGAGAAGCAAGACGUGGAUGGAAAUACACCUCUCCACCUUGCUACGAUGAACUGGCGCCCUCGUACUAUUUUUUGUCUCUUAUGUUAUUACAACCGAAAAUGCAUGGCCACACGAAAUAAUAGUGGUUUAACAGCUCUGGAUAUUGCCGAGUCAAAUAUGCAUCCAAACUACAUAUUCCGAGAGAGGGUGACACUGUUGGUGUUAUUAUACUUUUACGUAACAUCAAAAGGUCUUUUCACACGGAAGAUGUUCACUGAAAGGAUAACAAAACGAUCAGAUCCACCAGCUGGUGACAAAAACAAAGACUACGUCAACACUCUUCUAGUGGUGUCAACUCUUGUAGCAACCGUGACGUUUGCAGCUGGUUUUACAAUACCAGGUGGCUUUAACAGCUCCGGUCCUAACUCGGGCAGGGCAACUCUAGCCAGUGACCACAGACUUAUCUAUUUUAUUGUCUUUGACAUCCUAGCAAUGCAAAGCUCCAUAGUAACGAUAUCUAUGCUUAUCUGGGCGCAGUUGGCGGAUCCAUCUCUUGUUCACAGAUCUUUAAAUACUGUGACCUUGCCUCUACUGUUUUUCUCUCUACUCUGCAUGACUGUUGCAUUCUAUUGUGGCGUUUGGGUUGCAUUUGCUCAUGUUGAAGAGUUUGUGUUCUUACUCAACAUCACAUUUGGGAUUUUCCUCUUUCUAAUGCUAUUUCUCCUUGGCCCUCACGUAAUCAUACAAAUACCUGGCAUUCCAGCUCUAUUUGGUCCGUAUUUCCUGCUAUUUGUAUUAUUUAUUGAUGACGACCACCAUGAACAGGCUUCUGCUACAUAGGUUUCAACAAGGACCGCAUCCAGAGGAGAUAAAGUCCCUGGAAUAGAGCUUUUUUCUCAUUACACUGGGGUUGUUUGAUUCAGUACUCGUUAAAAUUUGACAUUUCUUUCUAUUUCCUUAUUUGAUGUGGUUUGAUUUGCUUGUA